AUGGCUAGAUUUAGGUUCACCGUCAAUGAGAAGAGGAGCAUGGGAGCUGCAAGAGCUCAGCAACAGGAGCAGCAGCAACAGGGGGAACAACAGCAGCAGCAAGUGCACAGCGAAUCCGAUAACAAUACGGAUUUGAACCGCCCUAUGAUUCCUCCUGUCCUUGCGUUGCCUGCCUUUCAACCCAGAAACUGGUCUGGGAAUGGUGUGACUCGCCCGGCGACCUGCGAAGAUAAUAUAGAUGAGUUACAAGAGCACAUCCAUAGGGAUCUUGAGGAAAUAAGGCGUGAGCUGGACUCUGUCGAAGUGGAACUCAGAGUUGCAAGGUUAUCAUGGCUAGAUGCCGGUUAUGUUCUUACCAACCAGUUCUGCCUGACGGUUUUUUUCUUGCAGCCGAAAGCCAUCUCCGUAAUGAGAAGUACUGGGAGGCGAUAUGACAUAAAGGAGGAGGAGAGAUCCUGUCAAAUCUCAGUCAUAUUGCCUUGUGCUUUAGUUGGAAAGCAUGGUAAUCUAAGUUUGUUUGGUGUCGUUUUAGUUCGAGUCUGUGCUUCGUCCGUUCUAGCUUGA